AGUCGGCUGUGUGAGUGAAUGAGUAUUGAGGUCAAAGAUUGCUGCUAUCGCUGGGAUUAUUAAAAUGACUGGCUUGUUUUAUGGAAUGAGGAUUCUCCCAAACUAUUUCCUUCUUCAUACCUGAUACAGAAUGAGCUGCUGUGAUUGACGGGAGCACACCAUGGCGACUGACAAGAGGUUAUCUGCGUGUUGGGAGAGAUUUUUGGGAUGUUUUAGAAAUUCAAACCAAUCUGAAGAUGAGCGCAAACGUCAGGAUAAAAACAAACCCUCAACUGUCAUCGCAAACCCUGUUGCGGUUAAAUCAUCAGAGCCGGACUUUUAUUUAAAUAGAGCUCUACCUUCGCUGCCUAAGGAGAAAUCAGUGAGUUAUUAUACAGCCUUGUUUGAUUACUCUGCUCGUACUGAAGAGGACUUGAGUUUCAACACUGGGGAUACUUUGGAGGCUUUGGAUAAAAGCGCUGGUGACUGGUGGUUUGCCAGAGCAGUCACUGGGAUAUCAGCCUCCAAACAGGGUUAUAUCCCUGCUAAUUAUGUGGCACCUGUGGAGAGCAUUGAUGCAGAACCAUGGUUUUUUCACGACACCAAGAGGCUGGAUGCAGAGAAGAUGCUGCUGGCUGAAGGGAACCAACAUGGCGCCUUCCUCAUCAGAGAGUGUGAAAGUCAGAAAGGAGAGCUCUCCCUCUCGGUGCUGGACGGCGGGAAGGUGAAGCAUUACAAGCUGAAAAAACUGGAAAAUGGUAACUACUUUGUGUCGAGGAACAGGGCUUUUGAAACACUGAAGGAGUUAGUGCAUCAUUACUCCCAACAGACAGAUGGCCUCUGCGUGCGUCUGGUUGAACCAUGCAAAAAGAUGGAGGCUCCACAGACUCACGGUCUGUCCUACAACACGGUGGACCAAUGGGAGAUCGACCGCAAAUCAGUCCAGCUGCGGGCAAAACUGGGAGCUGGUCAGUUUGGGGAAGUCUUCCAGGGCCUGUGGAAUGACAGCACAGCAGUCGCAGUGAAGACCCUCAAACCUGGUACCAUGGACCCCGAGGACUUCCUAAGAGAGGCUCAGAUGAUGAAGAGACUGCGGCACCCCAAGCUGAUCCAGCUGUACGCCGUCUGCACCUUGGAGGAGCCCAUCUACAUCAUCACAGAGCUGAUGAAGAACGGCAGCCUGCUGGAGUACCUCCAGAAGGACAAGGGUACCACGCUGGGUAUAUCUGACCAGACUGAGAUGGCUGCGCAGGUGGCAGCCGGCAUGGCUUACCUGGAGUUACAGAACUACAUCCACAGAGACCUGGCAGCCAGGAACGUGCUGGUGGGCGAGAACAACAUCUGCAAGGUUGCUGACUUUGGCCUGGCCAGGGUCUUCAUGAAAGAGAAUGACAAUGUGUACGAAGCCAGAGAAGGCACCAAAUUCCCCGUGAAAUGGACUGCUCCCGAGGCCAUCCAUGAUAACAAGUUCACCAUCAAAUCUGACGUUUGGUCCUUUGGCAUUUUAUUGUAUGAGAUCAUGACUUUUGGCCAGAUGCCUUACCCAGGCAUGACAAACUACGUGGUGGUCCAGAAGCUUUCCCAGGGUUACAGGAUGCCUUGCGCCCCAGGCUGCCCCAGAGUCAUGUACGACAUCAUGACGGACUGCUGGAAACAGAACGAACAGGACCGGCCCACGUUCGAGACCCUGCAGUGGAAGCUGGAGGACUUCUUCGACCUGGACGUCACCUCCUACGACGACGCCGGCGGUUAUUAGUGCACCGACCGAGGCUGUGACACAUGGAAAGAAAAGGAACUUUAAAAAAAAAAAAAAAACAUUCUGUAGGCACCAGAACAAAUCAAAAUCACUUGAAUCCAAACAUGGACACUCAUUGAUGUUUCUAUGAAGUAACAGAUUCUAAUAUAAUUUGAGAUUCCACUCUUUGUGGUUGAGUGAAGGAUCUGAAAUGUUUUGAUCUUCUUGUGAUCAAAUACUGUGAAGAAACUUGUACUAUAGUAACAGUCAGUUAGGACACUCCUUGUUUUUCUUUUACAACUGAAUGCACUUUCAGACAGGUAGUAUAUGCAUCUAGCCUAACUCUUACAGCGUACUUGACUGGAAGAGGCUGCUUUCAACAGAGGCGGAAAUCUGCUCGCUGUCUGCUCAUCUGGACAAACCAGUUCUUCUUACACUCGCCAUAGCAACAUAGUGAGCAUUCUUUCCACUGCUUACCUUCCAAGGUGUUAUCUGAAGAUACCUGAGAGGAUUUACAAGACAGGUCCACUUACAGGCUCAAGAAACUGCGAGCGAUACUGAGUGAGUGGCAGGUGUCGUCGUUCCUGAUUGCAAAUGUGUAUGGUAUUAACAUGAUGAUAAGGUAGUUGACUGUUUUAGGCCCCAGCAGCCAGAGGUGCCCAUUAGAUGAAAGCACAGUAACAUUAUCUCCAGUUCUUUUCUUCCAUAAAAACAAUUCCACUCUAGAGUCAGCUCCAUGUCCUCCAUUACAUAAUCAAGCUAUUUGAUAUUAAGCUUUUGUCUUGGUGCCACUCCUACAACUGAUACAAAGAGAGCUAAAAACAAAGAGCCACAGUCAGGUUUGUAAAGAGUCCAGCAGGUGUUACGGAGAGAAAAAAACACUAGCUGGUGCACACGUAUUAUUAAAUCGUGUCCCUGAAUGAUUUAAUUCAUGCAUACAGAUUACUCAAACCUGUUCUUGAAAUUAUAAUUAGCUGUCACCACUUACACAUUACUUUAUCAACAUUUGAUUUAAAAAGUUACAUAGUUUCAAGUCCUAGUGACCUUUUAACAGUGCAAAAUGUACAAUGAAAGUUGUCAGGCCAUCUGAUUUACAGCAUAUGAGUCACUUGGAUUGAUAGAGAUAUAUGGUUGUACUUUGGUAUUUCCCUAUUUAAACAAUGUUUUAACUUUUACACCCCUUCAAAUCUGUUUAGGGUCAGGUAACAUUGUGCUUUGUUUAUUUGCACACACAAAUUAGGUCAUAUGAAAGACCGAAUGAUGAACUUGAGAGCACAGUUCAUUUCUUUUUGCACACUAUCUUUAAGACCUGCUAGGCUUUGUGUGUUUGGUAGCCCAUGAGCCCCAUACGGCCCCCAAAUCAAGUCCUGACAGCUGUAUCGUAGCACACCUAAGAACAACUACAAUGUACUCACCCAUAUCUGCUUGCAUAGCAGUGUACAUUUAGUUGAAUGUCUUAUUUAUGUGGGACCUGCAGUGUAAUGGAUGGAUGACUGAACUAUGUUGUGACGCUGGACUUACUGUUCUCCGCCUCUUUUUUUUUUUUUUUUUUAAUGAUUCUGUUAAAGUUGACAAGCUGCUGUUAGAUCAGUGAGGACGUUCUGCCUGAUCAGCAGCAGCUCUAACAUUGAAAAGACAGAUGUUGACUAAUCAGACAGGUGUAUUUAACAAGUUGAAUCUGAUGGAUUGCCAUGUUCUGAUGAUUUUGUAUGUUUUUAUUGGUAUGAACAAAGUCUUAAUUGCCAUUACUAUGGCAUUGUUUAUAUAAUCAUACUGUAUUUUUAAAUGAUUAUCCUUUUA